AUGGAUCCGAAAAAAGAAAAAGAAAAGGAAACUGACCGUGUUAAUGGAUUUGAAGGAGUUACCAUCAACGACGUCGCUUUGGUCGCCGUUGGGCAUAGAGAACAGCGCUCCGUCGUCUCCGCCGUUACAGUGGAUACCGCGGCCUCCGCCGGCGAGGCUAAGCAGCUGCUGCUGGAGGAUCAAGGCCCUGGCCGCGCCGCCGCUGAUCUGGUGCUGCCGCAGCUUGGACGCCAGCGCCGCCGCGGGCGUCUGUUCCUCCAGAAGCGGCGGCGCGUGUUCGCUCUCCCAGGGGAAGGCCCCGGCGGCGGAGGAGAGCAUCUGUUCGAGGAAAUCGCCGUGUGCGGUGGCGGCCGCCGGAUCGAAUUCUGGAUCCGCCGGCAGCACCCCGGGUACGAAGUCAGCGAGCGGCGAGAUUUGGUGCUGGUUGAGGAGCGAGCCGGCGCCGUUAAUGCCGCCGAUUUCUCUGCUAACAGGCUGCAUGUCCUCGAUUCUGAGAAGAAAAAUUCGAAAAAAAAAAAAUAG